ACUACUUAUGUCAAUAUAAGUAGCCUACACAACAAUAGUAUUUAAGAUAUUAUAUGUAUUUCAAAAUAUCUCUUUACUUUUACAAUGUCACAGAUAAAGAAAUAUUUCUUCAUGGAUAUUUUCUGUCUAUUAACCGGUACACAACAAUACAACAAUAAUAGUUGUCUUUUAUCAAAUGAUGGACUUUUAACAUCAACUGAAUGGUCGUCAAUAUUGAGAAAGUCUCAUCUCAUAGAUCCUAGUAAACGUAAAGAACAAAGAUUACUACAUUAUGCAGAGUUGGAAAGAUUACGAAAUACUGAAGAUCAUCUAAUUAAAAUGCAAGAUCAGCUAGAUACUUAUAAAACUAGAUUAAAAGAAGCAUCAGAUGAAAUUUCUCACAGUAAACAUUUACUUAGUCAAUAUGUAACAAAACAAGAUUAUUCACCUAACAAGGAUGAUGAAAUCAAUGAUCACAAAAUGAAUUCAUCAUUAAGUAAAGUAAAAUGGAAAUCAAAUUUGCAUAAAAUAACACUUUUAAGAAAUGUAGCACAGAAUUUUGGCGCGAAUAUUGAAAAUUCAAAUCCUUUAAAACAAUCACAAGUGAUACAAACUGAAUAUGAUUGAAUUAUUUAAAAAUAAACAAAAAAAUGUUUGUAACACAAUGAUUUCUGCUUAGUUUAACCAUUUUGCUUCAUUAUUCUAUUAAAAUCGUACUAACUUG